CUGAAAAGUGUAUGACAAGGAUUCCCGAUGAAGAACAGCGACCUGACGACUGCCCCAUUGGGUGGGUAGUUUUGUAUGAAUACCCUUUCAAGAUUGGGUACUCCCUUCCCUUCAACUCCCUCAUGACUCAACUCUUAACUGUCAUGCAAGUCAGUCCAGGCCAAAUUAUGCCACUUAUUUGGCGUGUAGUUCAUGUAAUUGACAAAUUGGCCCAAGACUCAAAUGUAGACUUCACCCUAGAAGACCUUCUAUACAUGUACGACAUUAAAAGAGUAGAGGUGUCUAGGUACACUUUUUUCUUAAAACCAGGAAAACCAUCUUUGGUGGAAAACUCUGGGGCUAAUGACAGGGGAUGGAAGAAAAGAUAUUUUUUUGUAGAGAAGAAUUCUUUGGGAAAGAGCUUUGAAUACUUACGUGACGGAUGGAAUUCCGAAGGUAAUUAUCUUCUCAUCGAAUAUAUUUUCUUGUUUAUGCUGUUGACGUCGUCUAAUUUCCCUUGUGAUUGCAGAAAUUCUGCCCUUGCCCGUCGAAGAUACGUCUCUUAGCAAAGCCAAAAUCAACCAACUCCUCAAGAAAUAUUCUCCUUAGGAAAGAACAUUCUGCAACAAGUUUGAACUGACGUCGUCGGAAGGAGACGUCCUGCCCCAAUCUACAGAAGAACAUACUACCAACACCAGUCCCUCUAUGGCGUCAGGUAAUGUGUCUUUUAUACUUGUCCCGUCAUUUUUUCUUCAUUUUUUUUUUUUUGUUAAACUGACAUCACCAAACGUCCUCCUGAAAACACCAUGUCUACCAGAUCAAAAACCCCCACUGUUGGCCUCUCUGAAGCGGAAAUGUUGGAACGGGCCAGAAAGAGGAAACAGGCCGCAAGUGCCUCUGCAGUGACGCCGUCAUCCAUGGGCGCUCCCAAGAUUGCUAGGACGGCACCUCCAACAGAAACCCCCAAACCUGUCAAGACGCCUCUUGGAGAAGGAGAAACCUUUACCAUCUCCCUUCCCAAGAACUUCUGUGAGAUCACUGCUCCGACAAUCUUCCCGUCGGCGGAGAAGCUGGCGUUCCCUGCACCUCAACGUCGCCUAGCCAGUUUGCCCUUGCUUACAGUGGCGAACGAAGGAUUGGCCCUGCAAAUACAUGCGUCACAACAUUCUCUGGCCCUACGUUCUGCUGCCCUCACUUUGGAGAAGGAGUGCAAGACACUCCGCGAAAAGUUGGACCGGUCUUCGGCGUCAUUGACAGCGGCAGAAAAGAAGGUGACGGAGCUGUCCGAGGAGCUGGCUAAAGAGAAAGGUCAGAACGUCAGCCAUGUGAUCAGCCUGGCGUCGAUGAAGGAGGAGACAGACGCCACGAUCGCUAGCCUCCGUGAAGAACUGAUGGACGCCGCUAGCCGAUACACCUGGAAGACCAAGGCGAGGCUGAUGAAGCAGUUCUUAGAGGGACAGACGUCGAAGUGGACGCCAGAGGCAGACAUCCAGCAAUUCCUAGAGGUGUUUGGGACGCCAGAAGAUUUGAUUCCUGAAGGCGAGGGCAACGCCGAUGUUAUGGCGACAGCAGAUUCAGGCGUCCACACUAAAAUUGAUGGCGCCACUUAA